CACCGCUCGCACCCGCCGCACCGCUGCAGCGCCGCUCCCCCUCGCGCGCUCUCUCACCCUCUCUCUCGCGCACCGCAGCGCCCGCCGCACCGAGCUCGCCGCUGUGCUCGCCGCUGGCCUCUCUGGACGCGCGCCUCCACGCCUGCGCUGCGCCUCCUGCGCUGCUGCGCCGCUCUGCCAGUGCGACCGUGUUCGCAGCCAGACGGCCCUGCCCGCCUUCUCUGCUCGGUGCCGCGCUCGCACCGCUGCUCGACGCCUGCAGCCGCACUCUGUGCCGAGCUCGUCUGCGUCUCUUGCGUGUGCGCCGGCCUGACGUGGUGAGUUGCCUUUGCCUGGCUGCUCGGCCAUUCGCCGUGCUUCGAGCUGUACGGCACGCACGCCUGCGCCCAGAGACGUCAGCGCACCCUCUCUGCUUCGCUGAGCCUGCCGCUGACGCCCAGCGCAGAGCGCCUGACCUGCAGCAGGCCUCGUCCUCGCACGCGUGGCGCAGCGGACCAUGCCGGCGUCGCAGCACGCCGUCGCCGCCGC